AUGUACACUCAAUAUCUUACCGCCCCUGUCCUCCGUGUUUCUUCUCCCCUUUCCCCCAACAGGCCUGUGCCCUCGAUCUACGUCUCGCCUGCAGAAUCACCAGCCGAUUUCGAUACUCCCUCAUUGGAGCCUGUCUCUCCUGAAGAAUCUACGAGCUCUCGCUCAAACCACUUGCUGCCUCCUCCAGUAGGUUCUCCUCAUCGCCGAACCUUGGCUCCUACCAAGGCAAUGGACAAGAAGGGCCUUGAUCAAGCAACAUUCCAGGACCUACUCGCCGCCAACCGCGAGCGUUCUUCCAAGCGCAUAGUCAGCCCUGCCGAUCGACUCCGGCGUGAGGUAGUCGUCAAGGCACACCACAGCAAGCAAUUUGAGCGUCGUGCGCUGUUCCUGUCCAAGAUUAUUGCACCUCCUUCGCCCACCUCGACCGAGACAGCUGUCACUCCACCAGAGUCCCCAGCAAUCUUCCACUUCUCGCUCCCGAGCCCUGGUCUGGCCUCUCCGCUCGAACUGUUCGAAAACGUGGCUUCGCGCGAGCAUUGGAUUGAGGAGGUUGACUAUAACAAAAAGUCUAUUCGCACUCCAGCCCGAGAUGCAUUCCCUGCUGGGCGUCUUCCUUCCCUAGACCAGAUUACUGCCCGCUUGCGCCCAAGUCUUAACGUUAAUGCAGUUCCGACCAUCCCGUCUAUUGUGAUCGAGUCUCCCUCCCCUGUCGCCGCCAAACCACUUAAUAUCAUCAAGGGCGAUAGGGAGGACGUAUCCAAGCCUCGCUCGCGCAUCCCGAACAGCAUUAUCGCUUCCGCUCGCGCUCGUUCGACUUCUCCCCCUACCCCAGUUGCUCAGGCCACCCCGGCUUGCGACGUGCCCUCGAAGCUCAUCAUCUCUUCCUCGCCUCCCAAGUCGAUCAAACCUGUGCUCGUGCCUCAGUCCAUCCCUGCGCUCAGGAUCAACAAGGCUUCCGGCCCAGAGCUUGCUCCUGUCCCCGUCAUGUCCUGGCGCCAGCGCGAGGUCGCGCGUUCUCCAGUUGCCAAGGAGCACAUGCAAGCGGAAUCGUGGCGACGCGACGUUCCUACCAAGAAGGAUCUCGUUCGCGACGCGGUCGUUAGUCCUGUUACUCCCCAGGCCGUGAUGCCUCUUCCGAUCGGCAUCAAACUCACCCCACCCAUGCCAAGGGAGACCCGCCCGAAGAUGAUGGUCCGCCAACCAGAGGCCAUUGUGGUUUCCAAGAUCAAACCGGUAGAAGGUAUAUCGACUAUGGACGUGUCUGGACUGUCUGCUGUUCCUGCGAUUCGUCGGAGCGCAUUGCCGCGUGCUCAAAGGGACGUCUCUGGGAGCGAAUGCCGAGCAGUCCAGGGCCGGAAUAUGCUUGACAAACUCAGACGGCGCACUAGCGCCCCUGCUCAACUCGAGGGUGUCAUGAGGAAGGGUAUCCCUGUCGGCGGAUUCUAA